AUGCCCGCCUUCCUGGCCCGGCGCGAGAGGCACGCAGACGCCCUUCUCGUCUACGGGGUCUUGUCCUGCGUGUGGCUGGCCUCGCUCGCGGCCGCCGGGCGGCGCGGUCUGGACCACGUCGUCCUCGCCCACGUCGGGCUCGGCCUCCACGCCUUCCACCACGAGCCAGGGACGGGGGCCUUCGCGCCCACGACGACGUACACCUUCACGACCAGGGCGCUCGGCUCCUCCACGGCGCUCGUCUCCAGCGGGACGUCCGGGACGUCCACGCCCCCGUCGCCGUCCUGGAUUUACGCACCGCCGUCCAGCGACACCUCGGUCGCCUGCUCCACGGCGCGGCCCGCUGCCUUGCACGGGCCCAGCUCGGAGGCACGGAGCGCGGCGACGAGGGUGCCGACCAGGUCGUGCUGCGCUCCGCCGGGGGCAGAGGCGGGCGCGCCCGCUCGAAGCCCUCUGGCCAGCUCCAGCUCCAAAGGCGCGGCCUCCACCAGGGUCGCGAGACUCGCCGAAGGGGUGGGGGUGAGUGCCGAGCCCGUCUGCCGUCCUGCGGCGCAGCUCGAUCAGGCCGUGGGCCAGCUGCAGCAGCUCGGCGGCCUGCGGGUGCGCACCCGGGCGGCCGCAGGGAACCCAGGCGUGCGCACGCAGGGCCGCACGGAUGCGGGCUCCACGAUCGAGGGCGAAGACGGUUGCAUUGCACUCACGGUGGCCGAGGCGGACGGCUGCAGUGCGCCCACGAUGGCCGAAGAGGACCGCUGCAGUGCGCCCGCACUGGCCGAAGGAGGCCGGGGCCCCGCAGCGGCGGCCGACGCUGGGGCCAGGCCGCGAGGCCACUACUGGAAGUAUCCCGUCCUCCUGGUCUACGCAUCUGCUCUCGCCUUUCUGCUGUGGAAUUUGGCCUGGCCGAGCCAGAUGACGAGCGACGGCGACGAGGCUGUCAGUCUGGAGGUGCCGCUUAUCUUCCACGAUGGCAACAGGAGUGUGGUCGGUCCUGGGGACGAGGUGUGA